AUGUAUCGGAUGACAUCUUGGUUCAGCGGACUUAUGCAUAGAGCCAAAACAAGUGGGCGAGCUGAUGAUAACAUGGAGACGAUCAAAAAGCGACUGAAGACCUUCACAACUGCCACUGCUCCAGUAGUAGACUACUACGAGAAGAAGAAGAAGCUCAUUAGGAUAAAAGCCCAAGGGACAAUAGAUGAAAUAUUUGCGGAAGUUCAGAAAAAUCUUGACAAGUUAAUACCAUCAGAUAAGGUAGCUGUGGAAAGGAAGCAUAUCGACUUGGCUCCAUUGAAAAAGGCCAAUGUCCCUAUAUUCUUUAUCGUCGGUGGUCCUGGCUCUGGGAAAGGAACGCAAUGCGAAAAAAUUGUUGCAAAAUAUGGUUUGUCUCAUCUUUCAUCUGGAGACUUGCUGAGAGAUGAGGUCAAAUCGGGAUCUCCCAGAGGAGGCAGCGCUUACGAAAAUAAUGGAAGCUGGGGAACUGGUUCCUCUGGAAGUUGUGCUUGA